AUGCGGGGAAGUCCUGCGUUCUUCGCCAUAAUUCUAGGCACGAUAUUCGGUGUCCUCGGCGCGUCCCUGAGCAAGGCGCUCCGGUACAAAGCGCCGGACGAGUGCAAGUGGGUCGCGACCGGCGACACCGAGGACGACGUGUCGCUGGUGUGCCGUUUGAGGACUAUUAACAGCGAGUUGGAGAACACCAACUUCAGCGUGAUACAACCGCAGCACACGGUCCGUCUCAGGUUGGAAUGCAGCGACGCCUUGUUCUACCAGAGCUCGUUGAGCGCGGGCAGUUUCAGGCCGUUGGUCGAGUUGCGCGAGCUCGUGAUCGAGUAUUGCAAGAUCGGCAAUCUGUCGGACGACGCGUUCAAAGGGUUGAAGGAGUUGAGGAAUUUGACGGUGAGGACGCACAACACCGAUUGGUCCGCGAUGGCGUUGGACGUGUCGGGCGGUGCGUUCACCGACGAGUUGAAGCAGUUGGAGAAAUUGGAUCUGGGGGAGAACAACAUGUGGAGUAUACCGGAGGGCGCCCUUUGCCCCCUCGUCAAUCUGGAGAUAUUGAAUUUGACGAGGAAUCGGUUACGGGACGUGACGAGUUUUCGUUUCACCGGCGCCUCGAGAUGCCUGUCGAAAUUGAAGGAAUUGGACCUGAGCAACAACAGCGUGGAAUCGUUGCCGACCGCGGCCUUCUCCGGUUUGACGAGGCUGCACAGCCUCGACCUACGGUGCAACGCCAUCAGCUUCAUGGCGGAUCGGGCGUUCGAGGGCCUCUCCUCGUUGGCCAUCUUGAGGCUGGCCGACAAUCGGCUCGCCAGCCUCCCGCCCGAGUUGUUCAGCGACGCGAGGAACAUCCAGGAGAUCCAUCUUCGGAACAACACGUUGAACGUGUUGCCCCCGGGUUUGUUCACCGAGCUCACCCAAUUGUUGGUGCUCGACCUCUCCCACAACGAGUUGACCGCCGAAUGGGUGAACGCGGCCACCUUCGUCGGUUUGGUACGGUUGGUGGUGCUCGACCUGUCCAACAAUCGCAUCGCCCGCCUCGACCCGACCGUGUUCCGCGACCUCUACAGCCUUCAGAUACUCCGGUUGCAGGAGAAUCUGUUGGAGAGCCUGCCCGAGAACACGUUCUCGGCCCUCUACAAUCUUCACACGUUGCUGCUCAGCUACAACUUGCUAACCGUCAUCGACGCGACCACGCUGAGCGGCCUCUACGUGCUCAAUCUGCUCUCGUUGGACAACAACAGGCUGCACACGAUAAACCCGGCCGCCCUCAGGAACGCCUCGUCCCUCCAAGAGUUCCACCUGAACCGUAACCAGCUCGAGUCGGUCCCGGACGCGCUCAAAGCCACACCCCUUCUCCGUACCCUCGACCUCGGCGAGAAUCUCAUCUCGGAGAUACCGAGCGGCACGUUCGACCACGUGUCCCAACUUUACGGGCUUCGAUUGACCGAGAAUCAUAUCGGCAAUCUGAGCAAAGGUGUUUUCGAUCGUAUCAAGGAGUUGAAGAUAUUGAAUCUCGCCAUGAAUCGUAUACAAUACAUCGAGCCGGGCACGUUCGACGAGAACGCAAACCUCCAAGCGAUCCGUCUCGACGGAAAUCAAUUGACGGACAUCGCGGGCCUCUUCACCAAUCUGUCCAACCUCGUCUGGCUAAACGUGAGCGACAACAAGCUGAGAUGGUUCGACUACGCGAUGAUACCGACCGGAUUGCAAUGGCUCGACAUACACUCGAACGAGAUACGGGAGCUGGGCAAUUACUUCGAGAUCGAGAGCCAGUUGAAUUUGAGCAUAUUCGACGCGAGCGAGAACAAGCUGACCGAGAUCACGGGCAACGCGAUACCGAUGAGCGUGGAGAGGCUGUACUUGAACGACAACCAGAUAUCCAAGGUGCAGAGUUACUCGUUCUUCAAGAAGCCCAACUUGACCACGGUCGAGUUGAAAGGGAAUCAGAUACGGAACUUGGAGCCGUACGCGUUGAGGAUCAGCGCCGUCCCACCCGACAAACCUCUUCCGGAGUUCUACAUCGGGGACAAUCAGUAUCUGUGCGACUGUACCAUGGAAUGGUUGCAACGGGUCAACAGGCAGAAUCAGACGAGGGUGCAACCGCGCGUCAUGGAUUUGGAGAGCAUCUACUGCAAGCUCCUCUACGAUCGGGAGCACGCGUUCGUCCCUCUGGUCGAGGCGUCCCACUCCCAGUUUUUGUGCAAAUACGACACCCAUUGCUUCGCCCUGUGCCACUGCUGCGACUUCGACGCCUGCGACUGCGAGAUGACCUGCCCCUCCAACUGCACGUGCUACCACGAUCAAUCGUGGUCGGCCAACGUGGUCGACUGCUCCAACGGUGGCCACGCCAGCAAACUGCCCGAACAGAUACCGAUGGACGCGACCCGCCUCUACCUGGACGGGAACGAUCUCCGCCUCGUCUCCAGCCACGCUUUCAUCGGCCGCAAGAAGCUCAAGGUGUUGUUCCUCAACUCGUCCAACAUCGAGAUCGUGCAGAAUCGAUCGUUCAACGGGCUCAGGGAUCUGGAGGAUCUCCACCUCCAGGACAACAAGAUCCGAGAGUUGAAGGGGCACGAGUUCGAGGGAUUGGACGCGUUGAGGCUGCUCUACCUGCACAGGAAUCGGAUCUCCUCGAUCGGAAACGACACCUUCUCCACCCUACGAUCGUUGCGCGUCCUUCGAUUGGAGGGGAAUCGGUUGACGGUGCUCGCCGUGUGGACGCUCCCCGACUCGAUCGAGAUCAGUUUGUCGGGGAACCCGUGGUCCUGCGAGUGCGACUACCUUCGAAGUUAUCGGGAGUGGAUCCGCGAGCCGAACGUGCGCGUCACGGACGCGUCCGCGUUGCGAUGCGUGUACAACGUGACGGAGUUCGAGGCGUUCGGCGACCAGGUGUUCGCGGACAACGAGUUCGGUUUCCGCCUCGUGGCCGACGGGAGGAGCGCGGAGGAGGAGAAGCGCGGCAACGAGAGCGCUUCGUGCACGGGCGCAGCGAGCGUCGAGAACGACGCGCAUCGAAACCUCACCAAGACCAUCAUCGAGAAACAAGUGUUGCAGGAUUACCUCCCCCUGCUCGUAACCACCCUGGUCGCCUCCUCGUUGGUGGUGCUCCUGUGCCUGCUCGGGUUCGUGUUCCGCCAAGAGCUUCGCGUGUGGUUCCACUCGAGAUUCGGGGUGAGGAUAUUCUACAGGAGCCACGAGGUGGACCGCGACGACAGGGACAAACUGUUCGACGCGUUCAUCAGCUACAGUUCCAAGGACGAGGCGUUCGUCGCCGAGGAACUGGCCCCCGUCCUCGAGAUGGGCAACCCCUCCUACAAACUGUGCCUCCACUACCGCGACUUCCCCGUCGGCAGCUUCAUAGCCGACACCAUCGUCCAGGCGGUCGAGUCCUCGAGGAGGACGAUAAUGGUGCUGUCGGAGAACUUCAUCAAGUCGGAGUGGUGCCGGUUCGACUUCAAAUCGGCCCACCAUCAGGUGUUGCGCGAUCGGAGGAGGAGGUUGAUCCUCGUCCUGGUCGGCGACGUUCAUCAACGGGACCUCGACCCGGACAUCAGGCUCUAUCUCAAGACCAACACCUACUUGCAAUGGGGCGACAAGCUGUUCUGGGAGAAGCUGCGGUUCGCCUUGCCCGACGUGCCCAACAAUCAGAGGACCACGCAGAGGACGAGGCAACCGCCGCCUGUCCGACGCCAGCACAACAACAGGACGUCCAACGGAUCGCGAACCGUCUCCGUGCACAUAUGA